CUCCCUCCCUAGGGUGGAACUCUUCAGUCCCACGGCAGUGUCUACAGCGCGGGAUGGAUGCGGGUUAGCGCCGCUUUGGACUCCCAUGCCUCAACAUUGGCCGAGCCUGGGCCUGGACCGCAAAAGGGCCAAUGUUGUGAAACCACAGGCUCUGGGAGGCCAGGCAGUUCAAGUGGGGACCAAACCGCGCUAAUUCCGCAGUGUAGACGCGCCCAGAGAUACCACAGAGCAGCCCCAUAGAGAUCACUGGCUUCUAUAGAGAGAUGAAACCACCACCAUCAUCAUCUUUUGUAGACAAACAAUAAUCAUGUCCUAUCAUCAGGCAUCAAGAAACAAUUGAAAACUUGGAUGUUUAGGUUGGCCUUUGGAGAGACAGCCAUUGGAUGACCAGCCUCAUUAUAAUUCUAUUCUGAAUUUUACUAGGUCCCUCUUAUCUGGGGAUAGGAUGAGCCAAGGAGACUCCAACCCGGCGGCUGUCGCUCACGCAGCCGAAGACGUCCAGGGCGAUGACCGGUGGAUGUCACAGCACAACCGAUUUGUCUUGGACUGCAAAGACAAGGAGCCGGACGUGCUGUUUGUGGGGGACUCCAUGGUGCAGUUGCUACAGCAAUAUGAGAUCUGGCGCGAACUCUUUUCCCCUUUACACGCGUUGAAUUUUGGCAUUGGCGGGGAUACAACGGGGCAUGUGUUGUGGAGGCUGAAGAAUGGCGAACUGGAGAACAUUAAGCCUAAGGUCAUUGUCAUCUGGGUGGGGACGAAUAACCACUUCAACACAGCAGAAGAGGUCGCCGGUGGGAUCGAGGCCAUUGCCAAGUUCAUCAGUUCGCAGCAGCCCCAGGCCAAGAUCAUCGUCCUGGGCCUUUUGCCCCGCGGCGAGAAGCCCAACCCCCUGCGGCUGAAGAACGCGCUGGUGAACCAGCUGCUGAAGGCCUCUCUGCCCAAGCUGUCCAACGUGCAGCUGCUGGACGUGGACGUGGGCUUUGUGCACUCGGACGGCACCAUCUCCUGCCACGACAUGUUCGACUUCCUGCACCUGACGGGGGCCGGCUACGCCAAGAUCUGCAAGCCCCUCCACGAACUGAUCAUGCAGCUGCUGGAGGAGACCCCCGAAGAGAAGCAGGCCACCCUGGCCUGACCCCCGCGGUGUGGCUCCGACGGUCCCCUGGUCCUUCCUUUCUCCUUCCCUCCCUUCCUUCCUUCCCUCCUCCCUUCCUUCCCCAGGCACUACAGAACCCUCCCUGCUCCGAGCGCGUUCCAUCCUCCAAAGUUACCGGGUCUUGUCCUUUUUUCUAAGCACUGGCCAAGGGAGAGGCAGAGAGAGAGCCACCAAACAGGGUGGGUGGGCAUAGCUGUAGGAAGCGGAUUAUUAUUAUUUUUUGUUUACAUCCCCAGCACCCCUGCCCCUAGUUCUGCUGGAUGUCUCUCAUUCAUUGUCCAGCCCGAGCUCAUCCGUGGCAUCCACAUUCCACUCCCCCGACUUGGAAGAGGAGCAGCUUCCUUCCGAUUAUUCCAGUUUUUAAAAAAUACUUAAUUGGGGUUAGGAGUUUUGUUUUGUUUUAAGUGAUAACUCGCUGCUUUCUGGCCCCAGGAGGCAGGGACAGACACCGUGCCCAACCUGUGAAAAAGAACCGCAUCCGGAUCAAGUGAAGAGGAACAUGAAGAAGAAGUCAUUUCAGGCCACUUGCUUUGCAUCUCUCUAGCUUGAUGCAUGUUGGGGUGGAUGGAGAAGGGUGGGAGGGCUUUGCUUUUGCGUCUUUCCUUGGGUGUAAAACUGACAUCUCCGCUCCUUGGGGCUGCUUGCAUAUACCGUACAUUUAUUUUGUUUUACUGUUUUAAGAAAAGCAAGUGACUGUUACUUUCUCUUAUUCCCCCUCUGACAAAACCACCCUCACCUUCCCAUCAGUUUUCUUUCAAAGCAUGCAAGCUGCAAGCUUUAUGAGUUUGGAGGUGUAUUAUUUCCUGCGUUGUGUCUGGUUAUGUUCCAGUGAGGGACGCUAAGCCCGGUUUCAGUUGUACAUUCCCUGCAUUGCGUCUGGUUGUGUUCCAGCAAGGGACGCAAAGCACGGUUGCAGGCCUCUUUCAGGUGUAUAUGUCCUGCGUUGCAUCUGGUCCCAGCAAGGGAUGCAAAGCCCAGUUAGAGGUGCAUUUCAGGUGUAUAUUCCCUGCAUUGUGUCUGAUUGUGUUCCAGUGAGGGAGGCAAAGGCCAGUUGCAGGCCCGUUUCAGGUGCAUAUUUCCUUCGUUGUGUCUGGUUAUGUUCCAACAAGGGAUGCAAAGCACAGUUGCAGGCCUGUUUCAGAUGUAUAUUCCCUGUGUUGUGUCUGGUUGUGUUCCAACAAGGGACGCAAAGUACGGUUGCAGGUGCAUUUCAGAUGUAUAUUCCCUGUGUUGUGUCUGGUUGUGUUCCAACAAGGGACGCAAAGCAUGGUUGCAGGCUCAUUUCAGGUGUAUAUUCCCUGCGUUGUGUCUGGUUGUGUUCCAACAAGGGACACAAAGCAUGGUUGCACGCCCGUAUCCGGUGUCUAUGUCCUGCCUGGCGUCUGGUUGUGUUCCAGUGAGGGACGCAAAGCCUGGUGCAAGCCCUGAGAGGCGCUGCAAAGAGAGAGAGCCAUUGAGGAGCGUGGCCUUGGGUGUGGAGACCUUUUGAUGGCGAGGGACCAGGGAUAUAAAGCCUGUAUCUCCAAAGCAGUUGUCCCCAUCCUUUGGGGUCUCCAGGUGUUUUGGACUCCCACUCCCAGAAAUCUCAGCCAGAAAUGGUGGGAGCUGAAGUCCAAAACACCUGGAGGGAAGAGGCCCAAAGGUUGGGAAGGAAGGGACCAGCCCUUGCAAUGGGGGACUUGCAUGGCUUGUUUCGGACAGGGAUGCAGGCAAGUCUCUGAUGCAGAACUGCAGGGGUGAUGUUUAUUUUUCUUGCUGCAGGGCUUGCGUCGCUCUCAACGUCCCCUUUUCUCCCGGCCUUGUUCCCUUUGCGCUCUUUCCUCCAGCAAAAGGAGUGAUGCUUUCAAUGCGAAGCGUUGUGUUGCAUUGUGCACCAAGCCAGGGCCGCGUUUCCUUGCCUUGUGCCUGGGAAUGUCGGGUGUGCAAAGUCUUGGCCCACCUGCGAGGCCCGGCUCCCUUCCUGCGCUCCUUCCUUCCUUCCUCCUGCCUGCGGUCCCGAUCCUGGGAAGCCAUUCCCCUUCCUCCUCUUCUUCGGACCCCCUUCUCUCUCUCUUUCUCUCUCUUAUCAAAUCUCAUUGCUGUUUACAGUUUGUGUGCCGCGACCCAGAAGAAUCCUGUUUUUUUUUGUCUGUCCUGUGAUGUAUGAGCAUUGCCAAUUUUAUAUUUAUUGCAGCAAAAAAAAAGAGGAAGGAAAAAAAAAUAGUGUGAAAGCAAAAAAGGUCCGGGAAUGUCGUCUUUCCUCUUUGUCAAUGUAUGUCUGGGAAAUGGGGAGAAACGGGGGAGGGGUGCCCCCAUCCCACCCCUGCACCCCCCUCCCCCUCCCCCAAAAACAAGAACAACGGUGGUUCGGCUUUGGCAAAAACCAAGGGCACCGAAGACGAGUGGUAGAGCUCACUGUUUAGUGCAUAUUUCAAUAUAAAUGUAUAUGUUUCACCAA